AGGGAAUGAGAUGGACAUGUUUGUGCGUGUGUUUACCCAGGGGUCAGCAGGACAAAAAGGAGCAAGGGGGCUGAGUGGAGCUCCUGGCAUUGAAGGGCCAAGUGGUUUACCUGGACUCGUGGGAAUGAUUGGAUACCCAGGAUCAGAUGGUCCCCCUGGACUGACUGGUUUAACAGGACCACCUGGGAAAAUAGGACGUCAGGGCCAAAGAGGUUUAGUGGGACUUGAGGGACUUGCUGGACUUCCAGGUCGUAGGGGAGAGGCCGGACUUCCUGGACAAAUUGGAGAAAUAGGACCACCUGGACAGAAGGGGGAGCCUGGUCUGUCAGGAGACAGAGGUACCCCAGGAUUCAAAGGCAUGGAGGGAACUUCUGGUGACCAGGGCAAGAAAGGCGAUCCAGGACCCAAAGGACAACCGGGAGAAUAUGGAAAUGUGGGCAUGGUGGGUUUGCAAGGCUUUCCAGGUCCAAAGGGACCAAAUGGUGAUUUUGGAUUUAGAGGCUUCCCUGGCCCCAAAGGACCGAUGGGUACUGCGGGAUUAUCUGGACCUGUAGGCCCUGAAGGAAUGAUGGGUCCACUGGGCAAACCUGGACCAAGGGGUCCAAAAGGGGGUAACGGUGAAAUGGGGCCCCAAGGACCACAAGGAGGUUCAGGACCCAGAGGACCCCCUGGUGCUCCAGGUCCAACGAGGCAGAUAUAUGAUUACUCAGAAGUCUACAGUCUGUCAGACUCAAACACUGCCCUCAGGACAGAGAGUUUCCAGAACACAGAGAUGAGCCUGCCGGAUCAGAAUACAGAGAUACUGAAGACUCUGCGUUACCUGAGCAGUGUGGUUGAGAGCAUCAAAGAACCUCUAGGCACGAGAGAAAACCCAGCUCGUAUCUGCAAAGAUCUGCUCGACUGUCAGCACACACUUAAAGAUGGUUGGUUCUGGAUCGAUCCCAAUCUGGGCUGCAUAUCUGAUGCCUUCAAGGUCUUCUGCAACUUCACUGCAGGGGGGAAGACAUGUUUACAUCCACUGGCCUCUAAUAAGAUGGUGUUCGGUGUCGGGCAAGUCCAAAUGAAGUUUCUUCAUUUAUUAAGCACUGAGGCCAGCCACAGCAUCACACUCCACUGCCUGAACGAUCCAUCCGACAAUCCAUCGGACAGCCUCACCUCCACUGGAAACGCUCAUACGCACAACACCACAUUUCGGUUUCGGGGCUGGAACAAACAGAUGUUUGUGAAAGACACACUACUUGAACCACAUGUGCUGCAAGACGAGUGCAAGAUCCAAGACGGGAGUUGGCACCAGUCACGUUUCCUCUUCCAUACUCAGGACAGUCGUCAGCUACCUAUCGUUGACAUACAGGAAUUUCCCACACCACAGCCCACCAGUCAGCAACAUAUAGAAGUUGGUCCAGUCUGCUUCCUCUGACACCGACACCACUAUCCUGUAACCGACUUACAUAAACGACUUAAAUGCAAGGCUGUUCAAAAUGGCUGCCUACCAAAGAGAAACUUGAACACCAAGCCUGAACGAGUGUCCAUGGGAGUUAGUCGUGUGCCAUGGAGAGUGUUUUGUUGAAAGGACUUUGCCCAAGGUCCGUUUGAAGGCAGGCCUGUAGGAACUUGAUCUCUGCAGGACAUCCGGGAAAAAGAAAGCCAAAGGAGAACAGUGUAUACCAGUAUUUAUCAAAUAAAUGUGUAAACUGUG